CUAUUUUCAUUUAACUUUUUCUGUUCGCUUCACUAUUGAGUGACUAGAAAUAUAAUUUAUAUGCUAAACUAGAUUAUCAGAUAUUUUUAAUCUAUGACAGACAAGAAAAUGAUACCCAUCGUAUAUUGGGCAAAAUUUUUACGUUUUCAUGUACGAGUUAUUGACCAUUGUGAACGGUUAAUCAAUAAUAUUAUUUCAUUAUUUGCGGUCUAAUAGUCAUGUUUAGUAACGAAACUAAUGUCAACAGUAGUACGAAUUUAAGACGAGUCAGUCAAUCUUAUGGGUUUUUCUAUUUAAAUUAUAUGAAUUUAUUCAUAAUUUCUAUUAGUUCUAAUAGUAUUUAAUAGAGAAGUUGUAAUGAACUUUUUAGAGAAAGUUCAUUAGAUCAAAUGAUUGGUGCCGUUAAGAUUUUCAGACUACUCAAUCUGAUGAUGGUAGAACCCAUCAUAUCCUACCUAGACCGGAAUCUGAAUGGGAUUCAGAUCUGAAAUUUUUUUUGUCGCUCGAAUCUGGGUUCAGAAAUUCUUGAAUCGGAUGGUCUCUACCUACGAAAGAUUAAUUAAUCAAGUCCAAAUCCAAUAAUUUUGAUUGGCAGGAUCGGUUCCAAAAAAAUUUUAUCAGUCAAGUUCGAGUUCAACGAAUUAUAAUCAGUUGGGUCCGGAUUCAGAAAUUGUUGAACCCAAUGGAUUUUCAUCAGUAGUUUGUUUGAAACUUUUAUUCAACAUGUACUUUUAUGAUUUCAUUGAGAUAAAUCUUGAUAAUGUAUAUUGUAUUUGUACGAAUAGGAUCAAUAUGAAACAAAAAUAAAUCAAGGUGGAUCAAAUUUAAGUGGUGGUCAACGUCAAAAAAUUGCAUUAGCUCGUGCUUUAUUAAAAAAUCCUCAUAUUUUACUUCUUGAUGAAGCAACAGCAGCACUUGAUAAUGAAAGUGAAUAUCAAUUACAAAAAUCAAUUGAAAAAGCAUCAUUAAAUCGAACAACAAUAAUUAUUGCACAUCGAUUAAGUACAAUUCGUCAUGCCGAUAAUAUUAUUGUUUUUGAUCAUGGUCGUAUUGUUGAAAUGGGUAAACAUGAUUUUCUUAUGGAACAAAAAGGACAAUAUUAUCAACUUGUACAAAAACAAUUAAUUGAUGAACAAUUUGAAAAUAUUUCUGAUGAACAAGGUUUAAAAUUUUAUCAUAAUUUAUUUUCAUUUUUAUUUUCAUUUCAAUUAGAAAAUUAUUUAAAUAAUGUUCACGAACAAAAAGAUGCAAGUUUAAUGAACAUUGAAGAGAAAAAAGAUGAAAAUAAACAAAACAAAAAAAUCAAUUUUUCAUUUUUUAAAUUACUUGCUUUAAAUAAAUCUGAAUGGAUUUAUAUUUUAUUUGGUUGUAUUACAUCUCUAAUUAAUGGAGGAAUUGAACCAAGUUUUGCAUUAAUUCUUAGUAAACUUGUUUCAGUAUUAGAAGAAUGUAAUUUAUCUGAACAUUUUCGUCAAGUUAAUUUUUAUAUUAUAUUAUUCAUUGUCUGUGGUAUAAUUAUGUUAUUUACAAUGUUUUUACAAAGUUUCUUUUUUUCUCUGUCUGGUGAAGGUUUAACAUUUCGUCUUCGUCUUCGGGCAUAUCGAACAAUGUUAAAGCAAAAUGUUUCUUGGUUCGAUCGAACAGAAAACAGUACAGGAAUACUUUGCGCACGAUUAUCAACAGAAGCAUCAGCUGUACAUGAGGCAACAGGAGUUUUAUUAGGAAUUUCUUUAAGAAAUUUUGCUAAUUUAGCAAUUGGUAUUAUUCUUGGUUUAUAUGCAAGUUGGCAAUUAACAUUAUUAAUGUGUGUUUUUAUUCCAUUAUUAAUUUUAUCUGGUUGGUUACAAACUAAAGUUUUAUCAAGAUUUGUUAAAAUGGAUUUGAUUGCAAUGGAAAAAACAGCAAGUAUUGUUGCACAAGUGACACAAAAUAUUCGUACAGUUGUACAAUUGACAGAAGAAAAAAGUUUUCUUGAAAAAUAUAAACAAAUUAUUGAUAUACCUUAUAAAAAAUUGAAACUUCGAUCACAUUUGAAUGCAUUACUUUUUGCUCUUGCAAAUUCAAUAUCAUUUUUUUCUCAAGCAGCACUUUUUAGUCUUGGAGGAUAUUUAAUGAGAAAAGAUCAUAUCUUAUUUGAACAUAUUAUUUUAAUAUUUUCUGUUGUUACAUUUGGUGCUGUAUCUGUCAGUCAAUCAUUUGCUAUGGCUCCUAAUUAUGCAAAAGCACGAUCUGCUGCAAAGAAAUUAUUUAAAUUAUUUGAUCUUGAAUCUCAAGACUUGGAUAGUGUUCAAUCAAAAAAUGAUGAAAAAGAAACAAAAUGUUUUGAUGGUAUUGAAUUUAAUAAUGUUACAUUUACAUAUGAAAAUCGACCAGAUGUCAUAAUUUUAAAAGAUUUUUCUUUGAAAAUCGAACCAGGACAACAUGUUGCAUUAAUUGGAGCUAGUGGAUGUGGAAAAAGUACAGCUAUUCAAUUAAUUGAACGAUUCUAUGAUUAUUCUCAUGGAAGUAUAAUAAUGAAUUCGAAAGAUAUUCGACAAAUGAAUAUAAAAGAAGUACGUUCUAAAAUGGCACUUGUUUCUCAAGAAGCUAUUUUAUUUGAUAUUUCAAUUCGUGAUAAUAUUAAAUAUGGAGAUUUAACAAGAAAUAUAUCCGAUGAAGAAAUUAUUUUUGCUGCUCAACGAGCAAAUAUACAUGAUUUUAUUCUUAGUUUACCAGAGGGUUAUUCAACAAUGGCUGGAUCUCGUGGUCUUCAAUUAUCUGGUGGAGAACGACAACGUAUAGCUAUAGCACGAGCAUUAGUUCGACGUGCUAAUCUACUUUUAUUAGAUGAACCAACAUCAGCACUUGAUACAAUAAAUGAACAAAUUGUUCAAGACGCAAUUGACGAAGCGCAACGAGAUUGUACAUCCAUCACAAUUGCACAUCGAUUAAUAACAAUUAAAAAUUGUCAUGUGAUCUAUGUGAUUGAUCGAGGACAUAUUAUUGAAUCAGGAAAUCAUCAACAAUUGAUGGAUCAAAAAGGUUAUUAUUAUAAACUUGUGCAAUGUUCACAGAGAUAA